CCUACCCAAAUUCUCUACUUUACAAUAUUCCAAAAAUACUACCAAUCAAACAUCUACAUCUAAGUCUAACCAAGACCAAAUAUCUUCUUUUAAACUUAAUAAAGAUGAUAAUGAUGUUAUUAUGACAGAUUCAAAUGAUGAUUCUACUGUUAAUACAAAUAACCAAACUACUGAUAAUAAAAACUCCAACCCCAACAAAAACUUAUAA